ACCUCUAUUUAUAAAUUAGGGUGUAGACUACUUCCGGUCUACUUUCAGUUUCAUUUUUUUCAACACGGGUCACAGAAAUCUAAAUCACUUUGUUUUGGCACAAAAGAUGUGCGUUUCUUGUGUAAAAGUGGAGUUUCCAGAUCGCGCCACAGUAUGCCUCGAUUCAGGCUCAUACAUGUUAAACUACGCAGGAUGCCAUCAGUGUGGUAAAAAACAGAUUGCUAUAGUCAAUGGCAUAACAACUGAGGAGGAUGAAGAUGAUGAUGAAGAAACUAUAACAUAUGAACAUAUCUGUCAAGGUUGCAGUCAUGUGGUCGCCAAUCACGAGCAUGUUUUUCGAGUGGAAGAUGGAUAUCAGAUAUACAGCAUGUACUGUUUACUAUGUGGAAGAGGCGAUGAUGAGCGAUGCAUUCUACCCUGCGACCCCAAUGGACCAAGAACUGAUGUUGCAGAAUUGGACUGAGAGAAUUGCCCCUUUAUAACACGGAGUCUUGAUUGGAAAUACUAAAAGGGGCAGUGAGGAAACUUUUUUUUGUUUUAUGAUUUGCUGCUCAAGUUUAUCCACACUUUGUUAUCAUAAAUAAUACCGCUCUUUGAAUGAAGAGUCUGUAAGUAUCAAUAAAUGAUAAAGGGGUUAAACAAAAUGCAGAGACCAUAGACAUUUAAGAAAUGUUAUACAAAAUGUUCUAUAUAAUGUUGCUGUAAACUUGUUCAACUGUGAAUAUACCACCCUGAUUAAUACAUGAAAUAGUUGUUUCAAUGUGAAUUAUGUAUUUUUAACCUUGUAUAUAUGGUUUACUUUCGGAAUAUUCCACUUUAAUCUUACAAAUCAUGUAUUUUGUUAUUGUUAAGUUUGAACUUUUUUAUCAUUGAUAGUAAACAAAUGUUAUAAUUUAUUGCAACAUGUAAUAUGUAUUUAAAGUUCAAAUAUUCAAAUGUAUUUAUAUUUGCCAGUACAUUAAAAUACACAACAUAAACAUGUAAAUAUGUACAGUUUUUAUUUAACAAUCAACAACAUAUUGAAUGUCAUUAUGUAAGGCAUGUAGUUUGAGUUUACAGACACUGGUAUCUCUGUACUUGUUUUCUUGAUCUCUGACUCUGAAAUAUAAGAGGAAAUA